AUGGCAGAGGAACAAGAGCAAAAGCCGGACGUCAAGCCAGAAACUCACAUCAAUUUGAAAGUGUCCGAUGGCUCUAGUGAGAUAUACUUCAAGAUUAGAAGAACAACACCUCUAAGAAGAUUAAUGGAAGCUUUUGCGAAGAGACAAGGGAAAGAAAUGGACUCAUUACGCUUCUUGUAUGAUGGUGUGCGCAUCCAGCCUGAUCAAUCGCCAGACGAUUUGGAUAUGGAGGAUAACGACAUCAUCGAAGCUCACAGAGAGCAGAUCGGCGGCUUCUGGUGUAUAUAUAUAAAGUAA